AUGCCAUGUUCCAAAGAAGAAGCACUUGUUAGACUCUUCUACAAUGCCUCAAGCUCUUUCCAGCUUCUCUUACUCUUCCUCUUCUCCUCAGCCAUUUUUCUUUUCAAGUUCUUAAACUUCAUAGGCAGCUACUCCAUAUUCCAAAGAGAUCAGCACUAUGAUUAUGUGUUUUCUGAGUAUGAUGAAGAAGAAGAAGAAGAAAUUCAAGAAAGUUAUUCUUAUGUGGAUUCUAUUGAGAGAGAUCAUAUAGUAGCAGACAUCAUUGGUGGUGGAGAAACUCUUGUGUUUCUGCACAAAAACGACCCUCAGAGGACUCAUUCUUCUUCUGAAGAAUUCAUAAGCCUUAUUGAAGACACAGAAGAAAACUAUGCCUCAGAAACAUUGUCUGUUCAUAAGUCACCACUUGUUUCAGACUUUGAAAAUGAAGUGGCAGAAGAAGCUGAAGUAGAAUUUCCAACACAAGAUGCUGAUUCUGUUCCAAAUUCUGUCCCAGUUGAAAGCAGGCCCACUUCUCCCAUCACCCUUAACAUACACAAAAGUGACUUGGUGGACAGUGACAAAAUUUGUGACGAAGAUCAUGUUGAUAUUGGAAUUAUUAAAAAUAAGAAGGUGCAUGAGACAAACCUCACAAGAGAUGAGAGAUUCUUUGUUUAUGCUCCUACCCAUUUAGAGGCUAAGAAGUUGAUUAUUGAAGAAAAAAAUGAUGAAGAAAUAUAUGGUGACUCAUGCACUGUUGGGUCCACAUCUAAGAGCUCCUCUGAAUGGAGGAGCUCCAUUAAGGAUUCUGGUACUGAAGACCCUUUUUCUUCUUCAUCAAGAAGAAGUUGCCCCAAGUGGGAAUCAUAUACAGUUUUCCAAAAAUAUGAUGAAGAAAUGUCAUUCCUAGAUAGGAUUAGUGCACAGAAACUUCAAGAAACUGAGUCUUUGAGAUCCAUCAAAGUUUCUCCAAGAUCAAUUUCAGAGCGUAUUGUGUACAAGUUUUCAACUAUGAAUAAAAGACCAGGUGAUAUCCAUCACAACCCAUACAAUGAACUAGAGGCUGCAUAUGUUGCACAAAUUUGCAUAACAUGGGAAGCACUUAAUUGGAACUACAAAAAUUUUCAAUCCAAACGAGCCUCACGCCAUGAUCUUGAUGUGGGUUGUCCAGCCACCAUCGCACAGAAAUUCCAACAAUUUCAAGUUUUGUUGCAGAGAUACGUAGAGAAUGAGCCUUAUGAGCAUGGAAGAAGGCCCGAGAUCUAUGCUAGAAUGAGGCAUUUGGCUCCAAAAUUGCUCCUAGUGCCAGAAUAUCGAGAAUCAGAUGAUGAUCAGAGGGAUGAUGGUUUUCACUCUAAAAUAUCUUCAUCUUCAUUUCUUAAGAUAAUGGAAGAUGGUAUCAGAACAUUCAUGAGUUUCCUUAAGGCUGAUAAAGAGAAAACAUGUCAGGCCCUAGCAGCCUAUUUUAGGAGAAAUCAAAGAGGCUUGGUUGAUCCAACACUACUCAGGCUUAUAAAGAAAGUUAAUCAAAAGAAGAAGGUGAAAGUUAAAGAUCUUCGCCGUUCAAGCAAAUUGUGCUUGAGGAAGAGAAAGUUGACUAUGGAUAAAGAGAUGGAGAUUUUGAUGGCACUCAUAGAUUUGAAAGUGGUGUCAAGGGUUUUGAGAAUGAGGGACUUAAGUGAAGAACAGUUGCAUUGGUGUGAAGAGAAGAUGAGCAAAGUGAGAGUCAUGGAUCGGAAACUUGAAAGAGAUUCCACUCCACUUUUUUUCCCUGCACAUUGACCCACAACACUGAUUAUAUAUAAUGCUUGAUGACUGGAUUAUGAAUGUGCAUGAGACUGCACAUAAGGAAUAUCCAUAGAACACUUUUUUUUUUGUAAAUAUGUUUUAAAGAAAAUGGAGUGACCCUACAGAUCAAAGUAAUACAUGUGGGAGUGGCAUGGAUUUUAGAGCCUGAAAUCCAUGGAAAGAUGAGUAAAGAUGAAUGGUUAUGAUAUUGAUUAAUAUUGAAAGUGAAAGACCAAUGACAAAGCAAGGAAUAUGGAGAUAGAGACAAGAAUAGCUUUAGUUUGCUUUAGCUUUUUAAUAAGGGUUUUAUCUACAAGGAUUUUUAGCUGAAUCAAAAGAAGAAUGAGCUAGAGUGAAACACAUGCAGUUGAAUAAAAUUAGGCUCUUGUCAAAAAGUAGAUCACAUGAUAAGGGAGUGGUAGGCUUAGUGCUUUUUUUCUUUUUUCUGGCUAAUAUAGGAAGG